AUGUCUUCCUCUUUCACUUCAAAAAUAAUUAUUUCUAAAUAUUUUAAGGUUAACGAUGAAUACGCUCCUCAAACCAUGUCACAAAAAACUACAGCCACCACCAUCACAGCUACUAUAAAUGAGAACGAUGCGACUAAUGAUGACAUUGUUAAUAAAGAGAAAUUGACAAUAACGGCGACUAUAACAGCCACUAAUAUUGAACAAAAAGAUGAACUUUAUGCCCUCUCAAAAAUUCUAAUAAAACGUUACGUCACCUUUAAACCUCGUGGGUCACAACUUGACCGUGAAACAAUGGAUAAACAACAAGAUCCUUUUCGCGGGUUUUUUACGUUAUUCUGGAUAGCAAUGGCUUUCUAUAUUAUACAGACGGUGAUGCAUAAUUUAGAAAAAGGUGGAACAUUUGUUGAUUUAUCAUUUGCGAGAUUAUUUUCACGUGAUGCUUUUGGAUUGAUGUUGAGUGACGCGUGUAUGAUUGCUGCUACCUUUUUCGAUGUCGUGUUUCAAAAAAUUGUUUCUCGCGGUUGGAUAAGGUGGCGAUAUACUGAGGUUGGCCUUGGUGGAGAUUUGUCUUCUUUGAUGAUUCAGCUGAAAAGUUUGCGAAACGAAUACAAUUUAUUACUGGGAUUAAAUAAAAAAUCAGAUGAUGAUAAUGUUAAUAACGAUGUGACCCAUCGUUUAUCAAAUUUACAUCAAAAAAUUGAAGAGAUCGAAAGCUGCAUGAAAAGUCCUUCAGGAAAAGUUUCGUAUCCUGACAACCUCACUUUUUCGAAUUUCUUUGAUUACUUAUUGAUUCCAACUUUGGUUUACGAAUUCGAGUAUCCAAGAACUGUAAAGAUUCGGCCUUGGUAUGUAUUUGAAAAGGCAUUGGCGACUCUGGGAACUUUUUUACUUUUAUACGUAAACACGGAAACAUAUAUUAUUCCCGUUAUUCCGAGCGCUGCUGAAUCUUUUACUAAAGCUUUUCUUGGAAUGUCUUUUCCAUUCAUGGUUAAUUACUUGUUGAUUUUUUAUAUAAUAUUCGAGUGUAUAUGUAAUCUGUUUGCCGAAAUAAGUUGUUUCGCUGAUCGAAAUUUUUACGAUGACUGGUGGAAUAGCGCCACCUUUGACGAAUAUGCACGUAAAUGGAAUAAACCAGUUCACCAUUUCCUCUUACGCCAUGUCUAUCAAACCUCAAUCGACUCCUACAAACUAUCAAAACGAGAUGCGAGUUUCAUGACAUUUUUCUUAUCGUCAUUGGUGCACGAACUAGUGAUGAUUGUAGUCUCUAAAAAGAUUCGCAUGUAUUUAUUCGCCUUGCAAAUGUUUCAGUUGCCAUUGAUAUGGAUGGGAAAUUUACCUGCUAUGAGAAGAAGGAGGUGGUUGGGAAAUGCGUUCUUUUGGUUCGGAAUGUUUGCCGGGCCACCAUUGUUGGGAAUCCUUUAUUGUUGUGAAAUUGCAUUGACUCCUUGGAUAUUUUUGGUUUGA